UCUCUCUCACUCACUCACUCUCAUUCAUAUUCCACCAUUAUUUUGACUACAGCACUCUGCUUUUUAUUCUGUUCCACCAAUUCCCCGGUUGUCCUGUCCGAAUCCAAAGCCUCGUUCUCUCUCUCUCUCUCUUCUCCUUCGUCCCCCACACCUUCUCUCUUAAAUUGUUAGCUUUGUUUGUUUCUUCCCCAAGGCCAAAUUCACUUCAUCUGCAUCACUUCUCUUUACCUCUGUUCUUUGGGUUGUGUGCAUUGAUACCCUAGUUUGCUGCCAUUGUUCGCAAGCUCUUCUUUUGUGAGCCUACACAGUCGUCCUCUUUCUCCUCCUCCUCCUCCUCAUCCUCCUCUCUACUCUCUAUCUAAUUUAUACCUUUGGUUUCUGCUUAUUCCUGCAGUCGGCAUUAAAAGAUCCAAUUGAGAGGAAUCUAGUAGCAUUCUCCGUCGCCGUUUGCUUAUUGCUUUUUCCUUGAAUUUCUUUGUUGGUUUAGGCUUUUGCUUUUGCUUUUGCUCCUCCGUGAAUCUAAAUUCAGGCAAAAGGGCGUCGCUUUUCAUAGCAAGAACCUACCUAUGACAGAGAUCUGAUCGAUCGUGAGCCAGAGAGGGAGAUUGAGGGCAGAUAGUGGAGAGAGGAGAGGUGGGGAGGGAGGGAAAGGAUCGAAGAUUUAGUCUUUCUUGGAAGAUCUUUGCUUCCGCGUGCAAUGAGGUUGGACGCUCGGCUAGACUCGGCGGUGUUCCAGCUAACGCCUACUCGGACCAGGUGCGAUCUGGUCAUUAUAGCAAAUGGUAAGACAGAGAAGAUUGCAACUGGCUUGUUGAAUCCUUUUCUUGCCCAUUUGAAAGCUGCACAGGAUCAGAUUGACAAGGGUGGCUAUUCCAUAGUUCUUAAACCAGACCUGGAAAGUGAUGCAGCAUGGUUCACCAAGGGCACCAUGGAGAGGUUUGUUCGUUUCGUGAGCACGCCUGAGGUUCUAGAGCGUGUGUCAACAAUAGAGUCUGAGAUCUUGCAGAUUGAGAAUGCAAUUGCCAUUCAGGGCAAUGAUAAUCUUGGCCUGAGCACUGUGGAAGGUCACCAAAUGAAGUCAUCAGGUUCCACAGAAGGUAUGAAGACCUCAGUUGAUCCUAACACAGAAAAGGCAAUAAUUCUUUAUAAGCCUGGUUCACAAUCAAAUCCCCCAGAUUCAAAUGGAUCCUCCACACAGGAGGCAAACUCAAGAGUUCAGCUUUUAAGAGUGCUCGAAACCCGUAAAAUGGUACUGCAGAAAGAACAGGGAAUGGCCUUUGCACGUGCUGCAGCAGCUGGGUUUGACGUGAGUAAUAUGGAACAUUUGAUACCAUUUGCUGAAAGCUUUGGUGCCUCACGCUUAAAGAAAGCUUGCUUUCAAUUUAUGGAGCUAUGGAAGAAAAAGCAUGAGACUGGACAAUGGCUUGAAGUUGAGGCUGCAGUAGCAAUGUCAACACGGUCUGAAUUUUCUGCUUUGAAUGCCUCGGGCAUCAUAUUUGCUGCAGAUUAUAUGAUACAAAAGGAUCAUGUGGAUGCACAAUCCAUCUCUGGUGGUGAUAUGAUCACAGAGAACGAUGGAAAACCCGAUAAACAGAUCCCUUCAGAUCAAAAGGUGCCCUUGGGACACCUCCACGAGUAUUUUCAAGGUCAAUUUCAACAUCCCACUUAUCCACAAUGCCCUAUGCAUUCUCCACCAGGUCAUAUUUUUCAACCUUAUUCAACGCAAGGAAUGCCUUAUUAUCAGAACCAUCAAGGGAGUGUCCCAUGUUUUUAUGCCCCAUAUCCUCUAAUGGAUGAUCCUAGAUUCAACAGUUCUCACAGAAAGGUACCAAAAAGGCAGUCAAUGGAUAAUAAAGAUGUUCAAUCUGAGACAGGAUCACAGGAUGACACUGACCAAGAUACAUCAGAUCUCGAGAAAGAAGGUUCUCAUGGUCAUAAAUCUCAAAGAAGAAUUGGUCAGGCAGGAAAGAAAAAGUCUGGUGUUGUCGUCAUUCGGAACAUAAAUUACAUUUUGUCUAAGAAGCUUGGUGCAGGAGAAUUCGAAAGUGAAUCACAGUCUGCCUCUGAACCUGAAGCUGUAGAACAAAGUAAAGAAGUGCAUUCUGAUAUGCGAGAAAACAAGCACAAGCACAAGCACUCUUCAAGGACUUCAAAGGAGGAGGAGGGUCGAACAAAAUCAGAAGAAAAUUCUGAUCCUUAUGACAAUGAUAAUGCUGUAUAUAGAGAAGAGCAAGAUUCUGGAAAUUGGCAAGCAUUUCAGAAUUUCUUACUAAGAGCUGAAGAGAAGUCAAGAACAGCUGAUGAAGAUAUGCUCAUGGGAGGAAAAGGGCCUUCAUCAAAGAGGAAACAGGGUAAAGGUGAAGCUGAUCCUAUUGUUUCUACUGAGAAAGAUUAUGGUGUUUUUCAUGACCGAAGGACAGUAGGAUUUCAUUCAGCUAAUGGGAAGGCAAACCGAAUGAAGCAAGCGGCUUCUGAUGAUCGAUUUUUAAUUUCAGGUUAUAGAAGAGACUCAAUAGACAAUCAGUUCAGGAAAAUAGAAAGUGCAGGAGGAGCAUAUCGGCGAAUGAGCAGUGAUGAAUUCAUGAUUUAUGGACAAGAAAAGCAAUUCAGCAAUGAGAGUUCAUCUGACACACUCAUUGAUCAUGUGGGUGAGCGUGCUGGUAAUGCUGUCAAGAGUUCAUCACGCAACAUAACAGAUGAAUCCUUUGUGCUUCCAUAUAGAUCAAUUUCAUGGGAUCUUGGAUCAGACAGCGUAGCUGCUAUUGACAUGGUUUCUGAGUUCCCCUCAACCAUUCAGAAAACUCAGGGUUCAUAUGAUAAGGUCAAAAGCCAACUUAGCUAUGAGCCAGAUAAUCUAUCAAUGGUUCCUGUGCAUGGAUUGGAAAGUGCAUCUGUAGGUUAUAAUCUGGCUAUGGAUUAUGAUUCUAAGAUUCCUGUUGGAAAUGCUGCCAAGCUGGAAACCAGUAACCAAGAGGAACCCUCAGUGAGCACUAAAAAAGAAUCAAAGAAAUCAGACAAGAAGUUAAGAGCCACAAAUGAUAGUGUGGAGAAAAGGAGGAAGGAUGCACUGGUGAAGAAAGGGGUAUACUCAAGGCUUAACCCUUUGACUGAAGCACAAAAGCGUGCAGAAAAGCUGCGGUCUUAUAAAGCUGAUCUUCAGAAAAUGAAGAAAGAAAGGGAAGAGGAAGAGAUAAAGCGUUUGGAAGCUUUGAAAAGAGAGAGACAAAAGAGAAUAGCUGCAAGAAGAAGUAGUUUUAAUGUCACCCAGUCACCAUUGACUCCACAGCAGACAAAAGCCCGCUUACCAGCAAAGACUUCGCCAAGUCCUUACAAAGGAUCAAAGUUUAGUGAUACACAGCCUGUUUCUUCUUCACCUUUGCAAAAAUUGCCAUACAGGACAUCUUCAGUUGGGUCCAACAAUCUUCAGAAAGUUAUCAAAUCCAGCAGAUUAAAUGGCAGUAAUCAUGGAUUAACCCGAUCAGCGUCUUCAUUGCCUGAGAAAAAAGAAAGUAGCAGGCUCAUGCAAGAAGCAAAGGCAGAUUCUCUUCGAAUGAAGAGACUCUCUGAUCCAAAAAGCAGCUACACUCGCCAUUCUCCCUCGGUGAAGACUUUGGCUGCUGAUCAGGCACCUAAGAGAAGCAUAGCUGAUGAGUCUCGGAAAAAGAUUACUGCAGUUAGGCAACUGGACAAAAGUAAGUCAGCAACUCUGCCAGGGCUUAGAAUUAGAACAAUAAAAUCUUCAUCUGAAAGAGUUGGAAAGGGAACAGCUAGCAAAAACCCCAUGCAGAAAGGGAGUGGAAACAAAGCUUCUCAUGCUUCUGAUAGCAUUAAAGGAAAAUUGGUCAAUGAUAAACCACCUGGCAACAGCGAUGAGAAUCCAGUGAUCGAGAAGACUGUCGUGUUACUUGAAAGUCAUGUGGUCAGUGCUCCUGUUGUCCGGCAAUAUAAAGAGAUAAUAGGCACAAAAGGGAUAUCACAUGGAGAUGGGUUGGGUACAGGAUUUUCAGCUAUGCAUGCUCCACCAUCACCUAUUGUUACAGGUCAGCUAGAGGAUGCUGGUGAAGGCAAGUCGUGUGAACAGCCAAGCUCCGGUGAGGGGGUUGUUCCUUACCCGAGUAAUAAGCCUCAGAAGUUCUCAAACUCGACCACAGCAGAAAAACCUUAUCAAGCCCCUUCUGCCAGAGCAACUUCCUUGAAGGAUCCAGUUAUCACUAAAUCUGGGUCUGAUGGAGAUCUACCUGCAUCAGAAUCUGAAAUAGUUGCCAUGCCAGCUGAGAGUAAGAUGAAACAUGUAUCUGGAUUUGAGAACCCAAGCUUGGGGAAUCAAACUCAUGAAACACAUGAGAAGCCUCGAAGCAAGGAAACAAAAGGUUUCAGAAAGUUGCUAAAAUUUGGUCGAAAGAGCCACAGCUCAGCUUCAGGUGAAGGUAAUCUCCAGUCAGAUGCUUCAUCUGUUGGCGGUCAAACAGUUGCUGCUGCUUCAUCCAAUGACGUUUCUCGGGCAUUCUCCCUUCUUUCGCCGUUCCGAAGCAAGAACAGCAGGAAGAAACAGGCAGCAUGAUCAGCACACUGCUCCAUUUUUACACAAUCAAGGAAGAUGCAUCAAGACGACGAAGAUGAAUCCACUUCCAUCGAGCAUAAACUGCAAAUGGACUGAAAUAUUUUUGGUUUUUCUGAUCGAUGCACUCUAUUGUUUUAUUCUCAUGGUGUAAAUUUUGUUAAUUAUUCCUUGCUGUUCAUAUCAUCAUUGUGUCUGUACUCGUACCCUUGUGAAUGAACCAAUCUUAAGUUUGGAUGAUCAAGUGCAUAUUCGAUUUGUAUGCAAUUGCCCUUCUUUUGA